AUGGUUUUUCCAGGGGUGCAUGACCCUCAAGAUGCUGUUAAUGGAAGUUACUAUGUAACAGCAGAUAAAGUUGAUUGUGAUGGCACAAGGCCACAAGCUGAAGAUGUCUACUUGGCGAAGAAUAAAAGGUUGAAGGAAAGGGACAGACGGGGCAAAUCUCUCCAUGGCCUGAGUUCUAAGAGAAAGCAGAUGUUGGAAGAUGUAAGCCUACUCAAGAAGUUAAAGAUAAAUGAAACUGAGUUAGGUUUAGAAAAACUAAUUGGAUGCAUCACUGAAAUGAAAUAUCCAAACCAAAUUGUUCUUUUUAGAGACGAGGACAUCUUCAAUAGUUCUACAAACCCUCUGUAUGAUGCUUUGAAAAGAAGGGGCAUUGUCACCUUUAGAGACAAGGAAAAACUUGAGAUUGGAAAAUCUAUUUCAUCAAAUCUCAUAAAAGUAAUAGAAGAAUCAAGAUUUGCAAUUGUCAUUCUCUCAAAAUACUAUGCAUCUUCUACACGGUGCUUUGAUGAACUUACAAAAAUCAUUGGAUACAUGAAAGAUAUAGGAACAACAGUUCUGCAAAUUUUUCAUGAUGUUGAUCCAUCUAAUGUAUGGAAACAAUUGAGACCUUUUGCUCUAGCUUUUUGCAAAACACGAAGAAUGUUUCAAGGACUGCAUAGAGAAGGUGCAAACAUGGAGAAUUUCCAUGAGAGAGGUUGCCAGUCUCAAAGGGUGGCAUUUACAGGAUAG